CUGACCACCUGGAGACUUGUGCUUCUUCUUCCAACCCCCUUCUUAAUUUCGCUUGUGGUGCUGAAGUCGGGAAAAUUAUUUUAUCCGGCUUGCCACACGGUCAAAUAGCGAUUUUUCCAUCAAGGUCAUCUGAGAGAUCCUGCCGCCACCCACCACAAAGGAAUCCCCAAAGAUGAGCGAAUACACGAUCAUUCUGCAGCGAGAGUUCCCCAAAAUCGACUCGGAGCUCUUGACAUACGUUGAGGGAGUGCUUUCUGGAAGCGAGGAAGACUUCGAGACCGGCGACGAUGUCUUUGAUGCAGUGGGUGACAUCCUGCAGAGCGUGGAUUGUGACCGGCCUGAGGAGAGUAUACGGGAGCUGUGCGACCAGUUCCUGAACAUUAUGAAGAACAAUGGGGUCAGCGUGGAACGCAAGGUUCUCAAUGCACCCGUAAACAUUGCUGAGAUGGCCAAGGAUAUGGCACGCCUGGACAAGGACAUGCAGAGCAUCUGGGUGGUCAACAAGGACGGUGGAAACAAAGUGGAUUCUAAGAAGCUGGAAAAGGCAGAGGCCAAGCUUCAGCAGAAGCAGGAGAAGCGGCAGGAGGUGAACAAGCACGGCAUGAUUCCCGUUGCAGUUAAACUGCAGACGGCAACGGCUUCCCAGGUGACCAACAAAAAGAACACUAAGCUGGACCAGAAGGGCCUCAACCGGUCCAUGGACAUCAAGAUUGAGAACUUCGAUCUGGCCUUUGGCGAAAAGGUUCUUCUGCAAAAUGCAAAUCUUCUGCUUUCCUUCGGACGGCGAUAUGGACUGGUGGGUAGAAACGGUCUGGGCAAGACCACUCUAUUGAGGAUGAUUGCCGAGCGGCAGCUGCAGAUUCCCUCCCACAUUUCGGUCCUUCACGUGGAGCAGGAAGUUGUGGGCGACGAUACGGCAGCCGUGGACAGCGUUUUGGAGUGCGACACAGAACGAACAAGGCUGCUCGCCCGCGAGAAGGAGAUCCUGGCCGCCUUGAACAAUGGAGUUCAGGAUGCGGCGCUUUCCAGCGAGCUGAGUGAGACAUACGCUGCUCUACAGAACAUUGAGGCGGAUAAGGCGGUGGCGCGGGCAUCUGUGAUACUGAAGGGAUUGGGUUUCGACGCGGAUAUGCAGCUGCGACCGACGAAAUCUUUCUCGGGUGGGUGGCGCAUGCGUCUGGCGUUGGCGAGAGCUCUCUUCUCCAAGCCAGAUCUUCUCCUGCUCGAUGAGCCGACGAACAUGUUGGACAUUAAGGCCAUCAUUUGGUUAGAGAAUUACUUGCAGUCGUGGCCAACCACGAUACUGGUUGUCUCCCACGAUCGUAAUUUCCUCGAUACCGUGCCGACGGACAUUAUUCACCUGCACUCUCAGGAACUGGAGGCUUACAAGGGAAACUACGAGCAAUUCGAGAAGACCAAGACGGAGAAACUGAAGGCCCAGCGCAGGGAAUAUGAGGCUCAAAUGGCUCACAGAGCUCACGUCCAGGAGUUCAUCGACCGCUUCCGUUACAAUGCGAACCGCGCCUCAUCCGUACAAUCCAAAAUUAAGAUGCUCGAGAAACUGCCUGAACUCAAGCCCGUGGAAAAGGAGACUGUGGUAACGCUCAAGUUUCCCGAUGUGGAACCCCUUAACCCUCCCGUUAUGGCCAUUUCGGAGGUCUCCUUCCGCUACAACCCGGAGGAUCCACUGCCCAUCUUCAAGGGCGUCAAUCUCUCGGCUACCUCGGACUCCAGGAUCUGCAUAGUCGGAGAGAACGGUGCAGGCAAGUCCACGCUCCUAAAGAUCAUCGUGGGCCAACUUAGCACCAUACAUGGGAACAUUGUAAUGCACCGAGGAUUGCGAAUCGGCUACUUCGCCCAGCAUCACGUGGACCAUCUGAACAUGAAUGUGACAUGUGUGGGCGUCUUGGCGGAGCUGUUUCCCGGACGACCCGAUGAGGAGUAUCGGCGGCAAUUGGGCAGUUUCGGAAUAUCGGGUCCACUAGCCCUGCAAAGCAUUGCCAGCUUGUCCGGGGGACAGAAAUCGCGUGUGGCCUUAGCAAAGAUGUGCAUGGCGGAACCCAACUUCCUGGUGCUCGACGAACCGACCAAUCACUUGGACAUUGAAACAAUUGACGCUCUUGGCCGAGCAAUUAAUGACUUUAAGGGCGGCGUCAUUCUGGUUUCUCACGACGAGCGACUCAUCAAGGUCAUUUGCAAGGAGCUCUGGGUUUGCGGCAACCGCACCGUCAGAGCCAUCGAAGGUGGCCUGGAUGAGUACAAGCGGGAGGUGUACAAGGAAAUCGAAGCUAAUAGUUGAAUUUAAUGUUUAUAUUAUUUGCCCUCAUUAUUGUGAAACAGCUUAGCAAUAAAUUUAACUAAUGUGAAACACAAA